AUGGCCACAGUGCCCGCUUAUGAGGCGCCUCAAAGACACCUUUUCCUCGUUCGACCGCAUCACACCCCCCCUUCACACCUCCCUUUCACACCCCCCCGUCGCAACCCCCCUUCACACCCCCCUUCACACCCCCCUUCACAAACCCCUUCCUCAGGCUUCAAUAGUGGUCUUAACGUUGUUCCUUCCCUGUUUGUGCCCUCCCCAACCCCCCUCCCCUGCCUCCCCCCUUCCCCAGGCUUCAACAGUGGGCUGAACGUGUACGACCAUCCGGACCCCUUUCUCUACCAGCUAGUCGGCACAUGGGGCCAGCUCCUCAUUCCAGCCCCCUGCAAACAAUUUCGCCUCUGGUAUGACAUGCGACGCUACAACUCCACCCGAGAACCCCAAGGCGACGCGAGAACCCUCACUCGACGGACUCAAACCCCACGGUCUGAUUCAAAACCGUUUGCCCCUGCCACCCCCCCUCUUUCCUCAGGUUUCAACAGUGGGCUGAACGUGUAUGACCAUCCGGACCCCUUUCUCUACCAGCUAGUCGGCACAUGGGGCCAGUUCCUCCUCCCAGCCCCCUGGAAGCAGUUUCGCCUCUGGUACGACAUGCGACGCUACAACUCCACCCGAGAACCCUCACUCGACGGGCUAAAAACCACGGUCUGGUUCAAAAACAAGGGUAAUCGCCUCUGGACACCCUGGAUAAUCAAAUGGGCGUAUGCCAAGGGUAUGUUCAAUCUUUACCCCUCGCCGCCCGGGAAUCUUUCGCUCUCGAUCUCGCACCGGGAGAAAGGGUCGAAUAUGCCGAAAAACCGGGGAGCUGAUGCCGCCCUUUUGACCCCCCAGAAGCUAGCUGCCGCCCUGGCUGCUGCGUCUUCUUCUGCUGCGUCUGUCUCAGCAGGAGGGGCGGCAGGGAGGGGUGCUGCUGGCGCUACAGCCGGAGGGGCAGCAGGGAGGGUUGUAGCAGGAGGGGCGGAUGUAGCGUGGGCUCGGUCGAUCAGGGCGUGGUGGGUCCGGCCUCUGCCGGUGCUACGGAGGUUGGAACGGCAUGAUCUGUGUUUCCGGCAGUUACGCUGGUUACCACCUGCGAAAUCGCUGGAGGAGUUUCAUUCGUUGCUGAAUGCUGUUGCUCCGGAAAAAUAUGUUUCUCUGAUCGUGGUGCCGUUCGACGGCCGAGAUCUCAUUAACAACUGGCUCUGCCACAUCGACGGCUCCGGUGUCUCCAACCUCAUCCUCAUCGUUCCAUGCGCCAGGCUGGCAGCUGAGCUGGCAGCACGUGGCUAUGCUGUCUUCUACCUGCCACCUGUCACCCGUCGCAGGAUCUUGCGACACCUGGCGCGGAGCAAUGCAGCGGAUACUGUCACGCGUGUCGAUCCGAGCUUCCAAAUGUGGGGCCGUCUGGACGCCGUUGAUUUCAGCUCCUCGUUCCUCGUCGUGCGAUCCUCGCCGUCGACCAUUGCCGCAUGGGGGCAGCUGGAAAAGUUUUGCUCGCGGACCCCGCUGCUGACCAACGUGCUUGCGGGCAGCAUGGUGGUGAAUUUUGACGUGGGGGAGGUGGAAUGUGGGGGAGGGGGGAGCCGGCAGCAGCAGCAGCAAGCAGCACAGGUGCUAAGUAACUCGGUUAGUUUCAAAGAAGCAGGGACGAUUCCCUUUGGGCCACAGGAGGGGGUGAGGGUUCCGAAAGGGUGGUUGCUGCCAGUGAUAGUGCCUCCUUAUGCGGGUAAAAAGGAGGAGAAGAUAGCAUCGCUGAGAGGGGCUCGGCUUUGGGUGAUUGAUGAUUUCGAUCACGCAUGUAAGGCUGUCACCUGCCGAAGACAGUUCUGA